GAACGGGUUGAUUGCGGCACAGUUCAAUCGAUUGUUUAGUGCUGUGAACAACAACUCCAUCUCAUCCCAUCAACAAACCAUGGCUUUCAAGUUCCUGACCUUCUGCGCCCUGGUGGCCGUUGCCCGUGCCGGAGUCAUCUCCGCUCCGUUGGGAUACGCCGCUGCCCCAGCUCACGUUGCCUACGCCGCUCCGGUGACGAAGACCAUUGUGGCUGCUCCCGUUGCCAAGACCAUUGUCGCUGACGAGUACGACCCGAACCCUCAGUACUCUUUCUCUUACGGAAUCUCCGACGCGCUGACCGGAGACCAGAAGUCCCAGCAGGAGUCCCGCAACGGAGAUGUCGUCCAGGGAUCGUACUCCGUCGUUGACCCCGAUGGUGUCAAGCGUACCGUUGAGUACACCUCCGAUCCUCAUAACGGAUUCAACGCCGUCGUCCACCGUGAACCUCUGGCCACCAAGACCGUUGUUGCUGCCCCUGUUGCCAAGACCAUUGUCCAGCAGCCAGCUUACUACGCCGCUGCCCCGGCCGUGACCAAGACCAUCGUGUCCCAGCCAGCCGUUCACUACGCCGCUGCCCCGGCCGUGACCAAGACCAUUGUGUCCGCUGCCCCAGCUUACGCGUACCAUCACUAAACAAACCGAUCAAAGGACUGUCAAAGUACAACCCCAUGCAGCAACGAAUGGACCCAAUUUCCUACCCAAAAAUACCAAAUCCCUACCCCCUAAUAAUCCCUAUUUCGAGAAUCUCUCAACCAUUUUGAACCUCAGACGAGUUCAGCCCCGUCCUCGUCGACUUGUAAAAAACAUUUGCAACUAUUUAUACAAUUAAUUUUUUUUUGUUCAAAAUACACGAGUAUUGUCAAUACGGA